AUGAGACAGUCGCUGAUGUGUUUCAUCUUCGCUGCAGCGCUCUUAUUUGAGUGCUAUGCGUUGUCUGCCGCCGUGCCUAUGGGCAGGACAGAGGAGAACUCAGUGGAGCAGGACGCCUUCACUUCGCUGCUGAGCGAAGAAACCGCCGAAAACAGCUUCAGCGACGCAGACGUGGCGAGCAGAAGCAGAGGGCCCAGGGUGAUCGUGGUGGCCGACCAGAGCAUGUGGAAGGAGCUGAGGAGCCUGCACGGAGGACAGCCCCUCUACAAGAGGAGAGCCGACGACACGGAGCACCGAGACCAGGACCUGAGCAUCCCCAUCCUGAGGAGGGACACCAUGAGGUGCAUGGUGGGACGGGUGUACCGGCCCUGCUGGGAGGUCUAG